AUCAGUGAAUGUGCGCGAAUAAAGGAGGGUGGAGAUGGCACAAGGUGACUGAACUAAACCUUCUGAAACAUUGUCCUUCCUUCCUCAUAUUAGUCAUUUCAUAACGACGAUGGCUGUGGUCAGGAAAAAAAGGUAAGUAGCCUACUAUUUUAUCGCUUCUUGCUUCUUGUCGUGUUUUAUUCAUUAGACUUUAAAAACGAAAUCAAUGCAUGAAAAUCUCAUGUCCGUCCGGUUACUAAAUAAUUUCCUCAAUCAGACAAAUGCCACUUGAGUUGGUGAAGAUCCGUGAGUUUAACAAGGAGAACUUGAAAACCUGUGGGCUCCAGUUAAUUUGUCAUGUUAUGCAAGAAUUUAGAAAAGAACAAAACAAACUUAGAACAUAUGUUACUGAGAUUCUCCACAGCAUCUUCUUUUUAGGGAUCAUUCAUGAGGACUGUCUCACUCCUGAAGAUAUUUUAACUGCACAGACUGAGAUUGUAAGACAGGAAUUUCCAGAACCGUUUCGGAAAUACAAGAGUCAUUUACCAAAACGCACACCUUUCUCAGUAUUGUUAGACAUAAUGCAGCUUACAUUGGGCACAAAAGAGAAUAUGAAGGAGAAGCUUUGCAGUCUAAUGAAAAAGAUGAAAUUUCCUUAUCCUCUGCAUAAACCAGCAAACAAAAACCAGCGCUACUACACACUGGAAUCCACCGUCAUUUGCAUUUGCUCCAAUAGCCUGUACACAUCUCAAGAAUAUGUUGGUGCUUCUCUGGGCUGUAGGACAGAAAAGGCCAAAAGUACUAUGAUAUAUUCCUCAUGUAUAAAUGCAUGGCAUGAGUAUGUGUCAUAUGCAGUAAUGUCAUUUGCACAUCAGAAAGAGGGUGACAGUUUACAGUUUCAUGAGUCUUUGCAAUGCCAGGCGUACAUCAGGAAUUGGAAAGACAACACUUACAAGGAAAUACAACCAUGUAUGAACUGUACACGUCUUUUCAAUCUGCCAGAAGGUACAGAACAAGAACAUUAUCCUUAUGGCAAUUGUGCAGAGACAGAGUGCUUGAGCAAACUCCUGAUGGAUGAUCAGUUCAUGCGAGAGAAUAUAGAAAUCAAGAAUUAUACAACUGACAAACUGAAUAUGUUAAAAGACCGCACUAGAGAACGGUUACGAGAGAAGCUUGCUUCCAUACCUUCUCUCAGCGAUAUAAAUAGAGAUGAUCUUCUCACACACGUAAUGAACCCACACACGUAA